AUGGUCCGAAUCAAGGAGCGUUACCUCCUAGUGAAGAUUCUCUACCCGACCGAGCUCGGCGGCAGCCUGUCUGAUCUUCCCGAUGUCGUAGUCAUCAACCAACCUACGACCGACCAGCUCAACCCCGCGAGUCUCCUUAGAGCCAUACGCGCAGAGGUUGCAAAUUUUUUUGGGGACUACGGCUCGGGACUUAUCGAAGGUGGAAACUUAGGAGUUAAAUACUUCUCCCCCGCCACCUCUACCUUCAUUUUGCGUAUCUCGCGGUCAUCUUAUCGCCUAGUAUGGGCCGCUCUCACCUUCAUGAAUAGCGUUCCCGUCAAAAAUGGGAAACCAUGCGUCUUCCGCGUUGUCCACCGGAAAACGAUCAAAAAGAAAAGACUAGAGACACCUUCAGCAAUAUGUUCGGCGAGUUCGAACUACCACAACGUGAAGACUUACGAGACGCUGAAGACGAUGUCGACGUAG